AAUGUCAAUUAUUCUUUGGAUGUGGUUAUUCUGCACAAUCAAAAUAAAUAUUUGGUGUAAUUUGUUAAAUAAUAUAGUAUCAAGGUGGAUAUGUGUACAAUACACAUCAUUGAGGACAAAAUUCCAAAUGUUUACAUUUUCUUUGUUAUGAGCAACCGUUUUAUUCCGAUUUUAAACCUUCCCGUUGAACGUAGUUGUCGCCACCCUAAUGUUUUCACGAGCCAAAGCCUAGAUUCACAAAAAAACUAAAUACCAUUUUUUUUGUGUGGUCAUCAAGUAUUCGAGUGAGAUCAAUUUGUGUGUAUGUUUCAUUACGCUAUAGUUUGAAUAGGUUAAUAGACCACUACGAUGAUCAGUCGAUGACGUGGGCUCGAGAAGAUUAGUAUUACUACUUUCAAUCUGCAAAUGGUCUUCUCUUCAACUUUGAGAGAGUGUCACGAGAAUGUUGUUAGUUCAUAUUGUUUUUCGUUCCAUGUAUUUGACAUUGUAUUUUCAAUUUUUUGUCAACCAAAGUAUUUGACGACAUUUAAAAUUCAAUUCAGACGGUUUGAUUUUUUGAACAUUUCACGUGAUAUCUUUUGGUGAUGAAUUCAGGGGAGAAGCCAGAGAAACCACACGUCCGUACAUGCCUAUAUAUAGUAAGGUCAUUAGCCACACGUACCUACUCAUCAAACAAGAAGUCGAACUCAAAAGGUUCCAAGAAAAUACUAACAAAGCAAACUACAUUUUAAGAUCACUUUCUCAUUUAAUUGCAUGGGUUCGAUGGAGGCUUUAGCGAUGGCGGGAGUGGAUUAUCAAGAAUGGGGACUUUGUAUUGAAGAAUGGGAGCUUCAAGAAUCUGUAGUUCCGCCCCAUUUGAUUGCUGAUGAUUUUGAAGAAGAAGAACUUCGAGACAAAGAUGAUGAUGAUGAUGAUGAUGAUAGAGGUUUAGAUGGCUUAGCGGUUAAAGAAUCUGUCACUUGUGACAUUAGAGCUUCGGUUGGGAAAUUGAUUGAGCAAUCUAUCUCACAUAUGAUUGUUCACCUCAAACAGCUUAAGUUCUUAACACUUCUUCUUGAGAACUUUUUGUUUAGCCAUGUUCUUGAUUUUCUUUUGUAAUUGUCUUCACAAGUCCUUUUUUUGGGGGGGGUUGUCAACCGGUUUAAGAGUUUUGUUUUCAUAAAAGAGUACCGAGUUAAAUGUAAUGUAAGUAUUUUAUUUGUUCGUCACAAAAAAAUGUACUGUAAGUACUAGUAUUCAUGAGUUUUGUUAUAUUA